AUGGGCAAUUUGGUUGUUUUAUUUUUUAUUCUUGAUGAUUUUGUUGUCAAGCGAUUCUACCUGACUCUAAUUCUGUAUGAUCUCUGGAAGCAGAGGACACUGUGGGAAGUGGCAGAGAAAUUUGAAUAUCCUCGAGGCUUUGUCCAGAACCUCCUCUCAGGGGCGACUAGUUUUGCGACCUGUGUCUAUCACUUUUGUCAGGAGUUAGAGGAAUUCUGGGCCUAUCAAGAACUACUGGGAACCUUUGUCAAGCGUCUGGCUUAUUGUGUGUCUGCAGAACUCCUACCACUCAUGGAAAUACCUGGCGUCAAACUGGGUCGAGCUAAGCAGUUAUAUAAUGCAGGAUUCCAGUCUGUGGCGUUAGUGGCGGCUGCUGAUCCAGAGAUCCUUGUUAAAUCCAUACAACAGAUCCCCCGUAAAGUGGCCAAACAGAUCGUCGCUUCUGCAAAAGUUUUGCUGAAUGAGAAGGCAGAGGCCUUACUACAGGAAGUAGAGGAACUGGUGACGGUUCCAGUCGACCGAUCAACCGUACAGAGUUCACAGGGUCAAACCUCCCCCUGGGAUGAUAUGGACUUGUUUUCUAGUCUUGAUACACAGUCUUCUACCUCAUGAUAAGGGGGACAAAAAUGUAUUUAGAUGAGGGAGAAAAAAAAUUAAACCCUAACCUGGGCCAAUGAUUUAAUGUACAUGUAUCAUAGCGCAGUUCUAUGGAUUUAAGCAAAGUGAAUGUGACAUAAUAUAUCUUACAAAGACUGU